AUGUCAUUAAAAGUCCUUAUUAUUCUGGGAAGCCCACACCCGAAGGGGAGCAGCUAUGCCCUUGCCGAGUCGUUUUUGAAAGGGCUUCGUGUGAGUCACACAGUUGUCGAACAUCUUGUGAACAUCUCAACGACACCUCUCAAUGGGUGUAAAGGGUGUAUGAAAUGUCGGACGCACCCCGACCAAUUUGUAUGUUCCCAGAAUGACGAGUGUUUUAAACUUCUCAAUGAAAUGCUUGAGAGUGACAUCGUUGUCUUUGCAUUUCCCGUGUAUUGGUACGACCUUCCCGGUGAGGUGAAGUUGUUUGUAGAUAGAACAGUAGCUCUUGUUGAUUGGAAUCAGCCCCCUCUCGAUGGGUGUUUUCCUGCAAAACCAAUUAUAGCAGAGAAGUAUAGUAAAGUGAAGUUCAUUGCUUUGGCUUCAAGUGGGUCCCAAGGCGGGGAAAUCGCUUGUAAACACAUCAAAAGAAUUGCUGAUAUGGGAAAAGCAAAGUACUAUGAACUAAUAGUAACAAAGAAAUUAUCUCCUGACGAGAAAAGCCAAAAGGCCUUCUUCUUAGGAAAAUCAAUUGAAUGA